GCAGUCCUUUUGGGGUGAAUAUGGAAUUCACUGCAUUGUGGUUACGGCUACUGUCAUUGACAGUAUCAUUCCUUUGUUCCUCUAGCACUAUAAAUCAUCGCCUUGACCUCAUAUCCUUUUCUUCUCUUCCUCUCUCCGCGGUGCACUAAGUGGUCAUCUCAAUCUCACUUCUUCUGUCUGCGGUACUCUGCCUCGUCACUUCAACCUGGUUCUCGUCUUGUGUCCACGGUACUCUGCCCGGUCACUUCAACCUGGUUCUUAUCUUGUGUCCACGGUACUCUGCCUUGUCACUUUAACCUGGUUCUCAUCCUCUACUACGCCACUCUCAGCUCGCAGUCCACGAGAUCGAGGAGCUAUGGAGACCGCGAUACAUCACCCACGCCUGCAAUCAGAAGAACUUCAAACGAAACCGCACCUUGGCCGUUUCCCAUGUCGCCAUCCUCUGAACUCGCCCUGACGGAGCAGUAUCCGCCAGCUGAAUACAGAGGGCCGCAAGCCCUGGAACGAGCAAUUGCAGAAAGAUACGAACACCUGGACAAUGGAGGUCAAGACCAGUACCUUUCUUUUCGCCAUGUCAGCCUAGGGGACUUUGAGACCAUUGAAAGCCGCAGGAUCCACCUUGGUGGAAAAGGAGUCGCUUUUACCUACUUCGGAGAUAUCGAGACGUUGAUAAUCAAAGUACCUACUGAAGCGCACGAGGCAGCUCACUCCGAAUUUGCGAACGAGGUUCUCCUCCGCUUGCGGGGAAAUAUGCGCCUUGAUCAUGGAGAGUUCUACCAAAUCAACGCUACAAAGUUCAGGGGCGGUAACAGUUCCUCGAAAGAGGGCGACUCCGCGUUCCGCAAUAAGCUGAUUAGAACAAACCAUGGCAGUUGGCCGCACUUCGUUAUUGAGGCGGGAUAUUCGGAGAAUCUCCAGCGUCUACGUACGGACGCAAGGUGGUGGAUCGAGAACUCUCGCGGGCAGGUAUACCUCGUUCUUGUCAUCUGGCUCAACCCGUCCACCACGUCAGUUAAGAUCGAGAAAUGGAUCCCAAGUCAGCCGCCACUCGCAAGACGCAGUCCCUGUCUUAACCAAUCAAGCGGAUCCAUGAUUAUGACCGCUGAGAUUUCCAUUGACCAAUCUUCCACAACAUCCGUGAUCAGUGGCGCCCCUUUGCGUUUGGAGUUUGAUAAGCUUGUCGGAAGACCAGCACAGAGAGCUGGUGAGGGGGAUGUGGUCUUUACGCGGAACGAUCUUGAUCGUUGGGCAAGGCUUUUAUGGCUGGGGAUCUGAGAUAUGUACUUCGUAGCUCAGGAACAGUAAUGAAGUACUCUAGAUCUAUUUUCUGUCAUCUGUAUAAUUUAUAUCAGCCAACCAUAUGCUAUUUCCGAUGGUAUAA